UCCGAAUCCACUUCGUUGCCCACACAAUUGUAUAGGCAAGUCACCCCCUCUCGAACACGAUGAGCUCGCCCAACACAUCGAGCGGCAAGCCUGCCCUGCACAACCAAGGAUCCACGGCUAGCUUGGACGCCCUCAUCUUCGACGAGCAAAAGAGCGCCGCGGCCACUCAUGCCGAUGAGCUGAAGGACGACGAACCUGAUGCGGAGGAAAAGAAGCCUCGGACGUCGUUGUCGAAUGUGUUCCCUGUGGACAAGUUGAAGAAUGGCGCGUCGAACGCAGGCAAGUUCUUCGGUUCGACGCUGACGUCCUUGAAGGAGAACUCGGCGAAGGGGUGGGAAAACGCCAAGCAAACCAAGGCCGGUGGAGCCUUGGCGUCUGGGUUGACGACUGCGUCUGUCGCUGCCUCGACCACCGCAAGCCGCAUCAAGGACACAGAUGCGUACAAGAAGACAACCACUGCGGCUGCACAAACGUUUGAAAAGGCCAAGCAAGGCGCUGAAAUUGGCGUCGAGAAGGUGAAACAAGGCGCGACAUUUGCCAAGGAUGGUGCUGUCCAAGGGAUCGAAAAGGUCCGCGCGCGCGUCGGCAAACCUGGCGAUGAGGCGGACAAGUAAUUUUUCAGCAACCAAGUCAAUAUUCUGCGCCCUUCAACCCGCAAUACCUCGAUCUCAUAUUUAGACUCGGAAUCCCAUUCACUAAUUCCAUUUUCUCCCUCCAACA